GGCGCGGGGGCGCCGCGGCCGCGGGGAUGGCGGCGGGGCCGGGCUCGGCGGGAGCCGCCCUGGACGUGAGUUGGGUUCAGGGGUUCUCCAACAAGAACUUGGCCUUUGUCAGCAAUCAGACUGUCUGCUACCCUUGUGGUAAUUACAUCCUCUUCCUGGACAUCAAAACAAAGAAGACAAGAGCAGUGCAGUGUCAGACUGGCCAGGUGGGAGCCUUUGCAGCAAAUGCCAACAGCCAAGUGGUGGCUUUUUCCGACCGGAAGCUGAAUCCCCUCAUACACAUCUACACUUUUCCAGAACUGAGAAAACUGACAGAAUUAAAAGGUGAUGCUCAGCUGGACUAUACCUUACUUGCAUUUAGUUUUAAAGGCCCAUAUCUGGCCAGUUACUCUUCAAUCCCAGAGUUUGUUCUUUCAGUAUGGAACUGGCAAGAAAAUCUCCUCCUGUGCAGUGAGUCUCAGCCAGGGCUAACAGGAACCGCUCUGAGUUUUAACCCCAUGAAUUGGCAGCAGCUGUGUUUUGUUGCUGAGAGCUCUGUUACCAUCUGGCGCAUUGAAAGGAGCAAGGACGAGCAUCACCUUACACGACACCCUGUGGAACUCCCUGAUGAUCACGGGGCCAUGAGUCCUCAUGAGGAUUUGUUUUUCCCAGCUUCUCGUAAUGAUGAUCCAUAUUAUGGUCCUGAUUUGCCAGUUUCAGCCAUUGCUGGACUGAAAGGACAUGAAGCAGAAACAUUUGUGCCUAGAAAUUGUAUUAAGACCUCAGUGCAUCCCACUGCCCACUGCUGGACUGCAACCUCAGAAAUAUACAUGGGCUGUGAAGAAGGAUAUGUUUUGGCAAUUAAUGCUGAGCAAUACAGUGUUUCUGUUCUUCAGCAAAAAGCUCCACCUGAGUUCAUGCAGAAAAUAGCAGAUGUGGUGUCCCAUGUUCGUAGAGAAGUGCAGAAAAAGAAAGGUGGCAAACCAAGCAGUUUGCAAAAACCAGUUUUACUUGCCAUGGCAUUUUGUAAUGAGGGACUGUAUGCAGCUGGAAGUGAGGGCAUAUUAAUGUUUUGUCACAUCAAAGAUCUGCAGUACGAGAUAAAAAUCUGUGCUGAUAUCUCACAGCCCAUAUCCAGCCUCUUAUUUUCUCCUGAUUACACCAGUCUGCUGCUUGUCACUGACCAGGGGACAGUCUAUAGUUAUAGACCUGCCCAUAGUGGAGAAGCUGUCAAACUCUUGGACACAUCCAGCAGUUGUUUUCUGGCAGCUGAUUUUCUUACUCCAGGGAACAACUACUGUGUGUCUGUAACAAUUUCAGGUGAAGUACAAGUUUGGUCCUUGGAAGAUGGAACUUUCCUCAGCAAGCUAAACCUUGGUAUUAAGGCAACUUCUAUGGCUUGCUGUCCCUCCUCCAACAGUGUUGCUGUAGGGACUCAAACAGGUCAAAUCUGUUUCCUUGAUGUUACCAAAGCUGAAGCUCCACGGGUUGUUCACAGAACUUUUCUUUCCAAACUUCCAGUGCUGUCUUUGCAUUAUGAUCAGAGUGGCCAGUUCCUCAUUGCAAGAGCUACAGAAGGACACAUCUUUAUUCUAGAUGCUCGUCCAUCAAAAUUUUUCCAGGUUCUGGGAUAUAUAGUACUGGCAGGUGAAGUGCUCCAUCUUUCUGUAAUUUCUGACUUAAAGUAUGACUCAGUUGAAGUGAUGGUACUUCUUAAUGUAGCAGAGGUCCAACAAGCAAGACUGGAAAUUUUUCAUCUGUCUUCAGCAAUGAUAGCAGAUAAUGAUAAGUAUGUGAAUGAACAAGGAAUGUUUAAUGCUAAUGACCUGAAAAAGGAGCAGUAUGAUCUGGAUUACCCUUUGACCUCAGCAGUCAGAUUGAAGUCACAUAACAUUGUGUAUGGCUACUGCACCUGUGCACCUUUCAUCUGCAAAUACUACCUCUCUGCAAAGAAUAAGUGGGACGGUCCAUCAGUAUUUUCAGCAGAAAAGAAAAUUCCUAGCAAACAGUUUGGAUCAGGUUUGCUCUGUUUAUCACCCAACAGCCAGUGGCUGGCAGCAGCAGCCAAGGAUGGUGUUUUGUUUAUCUACAAUACUUCUACUCUGGACAUACUUGCUCAAAAGCAUUGCCACUCAUAUCAAGGAGGGGGAAUCAGAUCCAUGGUAUUCUCCCUGGAUGGCAAUUUCAUCCUAGUUAACGGUGAAAAUGAUUGUGCCCUGGUGUGUCUGAAGUGGAAGGAGAUAAAGGAAACUGAAAUUGAGGAAGCUGCUCUUUACUGGCAAUCUCUACGUGAUAUACUGAACAAGUCUGCUUCAGAUGAAAACUCUGUUUUAAAAUCUAUGGCAGAAUGGAAGUUUGACCCAGAAUGCACAUCAAAAUCACCUCCAGUGACAGAAGAAGAUGGAAACGUCACAAAUACUGAUGACAUGACAUGGAUAGGCCAGAAAAUACAGAAGGUUAUGAGAGAAGAGACUCAGAGGUUUGCUAACCAGAAGGAAGAGCUGCAAAUGGGAAUUAAAAAGCUGCGUGAAACUAUUCAGAAAAUGAUGCAUGAAAAUGAGCAGGUGCCAGACAUUGAGAAACUCGAGCACUCGGAGUUCAACCUGGAUUUAAAAGAACAGGAACAAGUGCAAGCAGCGGCUGAAGAAGAUGUGGCCAGGGCGAGGAGGGAGCUUGAGAUGGAGAUUUUAUACCACUGCUAUUUGCAGGAUUUAAUUAAAUAUAAGUGCUGGGAUGACUUGUGUGUAAAAGAACGUGCAGUUAAGUGCUUCCACAUGGAUUGUGAAGUGAGGAAUUAUCCACUGAAGGUACGCAGUAAAGAAGAGCUGGAAACUUUGAAGAAAGUUCUCCGGUUAAAGCAGGCUGAGACAGCUGAUCUUCAGGCUCAGAAGAAAAAUCUUGACUCUGAGAUGGCUUUAUCUGCGGAAGAAAGAGAGAAGGCAGCAGAAGUGACUGUUGAUGGUGCAUCUCUCUGCCUAAAUGGAAGCCUGAGCUCUCAGUAUGGUGGGGACACAUCUAUCCUAUACCACCAAUGUGACUUGCACACAAAGGAGCAGAAACUCAAUCAGACAAUAUUAUUGAAGGAUGUCAUUUACAAAGUGAAAACUGCUUUCAAUGAAGAAUUUGACAUAGUAGUACAAAAAAAGGAGCAGGAGAUAGCACGAGUGAAAGAAAGAAACCUGAAGAUCCAAGAAAUCUUGGAACAGCUUGAACUUCAGGUGGAAUUGUGGGAGCCAGUCCUUACAGAUGAUGAGAUGCCAGAGCGAGCGCUCACCGUUCAGGAUUCAGAGAUUAAAGCUGAGAAAUACAUGACUCAAGAGGAGAAAGAGCAGGCAGAAUUGCUGGCUAAGCUUGAAAUGGAAAGACGCCUUGCUGCUACGGACGAUGAAAGACUGCGCGCUCUUGAUGACAUGAUGGGUGGAGUGCUGGAAAUCAGGAGGGAAGACGUUUUGAAACUGGAUAUUCCUCCUCCUGAUUUUAUAUCCAGACCUGAGGAUCUUUGGACUGAAGAAGAAACUAAAGUAUUUGAAGAAUAUGAGAAAAAAGUCAAUGAACUGAAUGAAGAAAAAGAAGAGUAUAGACAGUUUCUGAGAAAUGAAUGGAACAAACUUGAAGCUUCCAUCAAGGAAACAACACAAAAUUUUGAUGAUAUUGUCUGCAAACUCUCUGAAAAGAAACUGAAAUCACAGAUGGUCAUCUACCAGGAGGAACUCAAAAUAGUCAAUCUCAUUUAUGCUUUACUGUUGGAUGAAGAGUUGGACACCAGAGAAGCUGGACUUCAUAAAUUCCUUAUGAAAAAGAAGAAAGAAAAAGUCAAGGGUGCAAGGAAAAUCCUGACUACAAAAUAUGGUGUUGAGGCUUACAGAGGCCCCUAUACAGAUGCAUUACAGGAAGAGAAGAGCCUGGAACAUGGUUUUAUGAAGCAGUUUGCUCAUAUACCUGGCAAUCUCUUUGAGGAGCUUUUACAACUUUACAAACAUCGACCAGAGACUUCAAGGACAGAAACCCUCCUUGACACAGCUAACCCCUAUGUGAAGGGAUCACCUGAGGAUUACCAAGAUGCACUUUCCCAUUUAAUGAAAGCCAUGGAUGAACUGGAUAGUCCUGAGCACAUGCCUAGUGGCUUAGACCAGUCUCUAUGGAAACAUUUUUGUCUAGCUAGACGAAAUAAAAUGGAGAGUGAGGAGCUGGUGAAAUGGAAGGCCCUAGCACUGGCAGAGAUGCAGGCCUGUCUCCAGAGAAGAACGGAUGAAAAUGACAAGAUGAAGUCAGAAUUAGAGAGCACUUUCCAAGAACUCAUUUGGCUGAAGGAGGAGAAGAUGAAACUUCAGCAGAAUUUGACUGUCCAGUUUUUGCUGAAACAAGGACAGGUGGAAUUGGGAAGUACUCAGAUCCCAGAGUACAGUGAUGCUAUUCUCAUUGAUAGGAGGGUUGUUGAAGAACUGAAUUGUGCUCUUGCGGCUCAAGGAGAAAAAAAAAUUACUGCCAUGGUAGAAUUUAAAGACUUCUCUAAAGGGAUAAUACAGCUGGAAUGGGAACACAAGAAAAUGAAGAUGCAGAUACAAGAUCUGAAAGAGAAGGCUCGAGAUAUUGUAAUCCUACCUAUUUCAAAAGAUUGCCAGCUAUUCCUAACUGUACAGAACUAUGAAACCCAUAUUGCUCAGCAUCUAGCAGGGAUGGAGCAGAGCCUUGGUGUCAUGGAUAAGUUGCACAAGAAGAAUGUGAAAAACCAUCAGAAAAAAGUCAGAGAGCUGAAGAAGUGCAUCCAUCUAAAAGAGCAAGCGAACUAUGAGCUCAGCCUGCAGCUGAAGGAAAUGCUUGUCUCUGUGUCAGAAAGGAUGCACAUCUUUGAGGCAGCUGACACACGGGAUAUUUCUGAAAAGAUCACAAGGCAGCGUUACCAAGAGAUAUUGAAGCAGAAACACCUACGGAACCUUAUAAGGGAACAGGAAAAACAGCUUGCAAUUCUUCAGUCAAAAAUUGAAAGUUGUAAUCCAAGAACACUCCAUAUUAUUUAAAAAUCAGAGAUGAAUAACAGAUGAAUAACACCUUGGUUAAAGGGAAAAGAGUUUUGACAGCUGAUUCUUCUCCCUGAACUUUUCUUUCCACAAAUUAUUUCUUCUGUAAUUCCUUUAAAUAACUUCCAUUUGAAAGAUACAUGGUUGUCUGAUUUGUAUUUUUUCAUCUGGUCUUAACCCCAUUAUAUUUCAGUUGAUGAGAUUUAUUUCUACUGGUUUUAUUAUAUAAACUAUAUAGCUCAUUACAGAAAACAAAGGAUACAAGAAAUUGUAGACUGAUGGAAGAACAGGUAUAUUUGUAUGUCCAUUAUUUACAAUAUGCAAUUUAGAACCUUGUAAAGAAAUCUGUGAAUUGGCAUCAUGUCUAUGGAUUUGACAUAGCAAUUUACCCUUGUGAUGGCACAGGUGUAGGUUCCUGAGCAGAUGCAGGGAUGCUUGUCCUGACCAUGUGUGCGACCUGGCCCCAUCCCAAAGGCAGCUGUGCCUUAUUGUGGUACAAUCACCCACAGCCAGCAGGAGCUGUGGCUGCUGCCAUGGGCAGAAUCCCAGGAAAACCAGGUUUGGAAGCAUCUGGCCUCCUGAAAUAGAUGCUGGCAUCUCCCACUCCUUUACACUGAGAGGCAGUGUAUUUUCCUGCCAGCUCCUUCAACAACAGCUAAGAAAAAUAAAGAACCUGUGAAAACCUGUGACUGGGCUAGAGCCCAAUCUACCUUCUCAGGCAUUCUCCCUGCUUUUUAUUUCCCUCCUCUGUGGUGUGUGUCAAUCCUUCUUUCAUAAAUUCAUGAGAUCUAAACCCAUUUCAUUGUGAGCAACAAUAGCUUUGAUACCUUAGCUUAAAAUUCUACAUUUGUAAGAAAAAACUAUGUCAGUUGUGAUCCUGUACAUCCCUUUUUUUUGCUUUACCAUCUCUAAUUGGGAUUUGUAAGGAUUCUAAUUACAUCCCACUUACUACAAGAACGUUUGUCUUUCUGCUGAACCUGCCCUAGGAAGCAGCAUCAUUCCAACCUCAGGGAAGAUAACUGGCCCCUGCACAAGGCACCAUCAUCUUUUUGCACAUGCCUAAAAAGGCAGAGAUAUAGUGCUUUAAUAUUCAAAAUGUGAUUUGCAAUAAAGACUUUCCCAAUAAAGAAUUAAUUCUCUCUGGA